UGAAGAUCACGCAUGAGAAGGCACACUACGGCGGAGAGCGAGGCAGCGAUAUGGUCAGGCGAGCAGGCAUCAGUGGCUUGGGGGAUCCGCAUCUAACCACCACUUGAAGAUGUUAAAAUGUCAGGCCCUUCAUCCAUCAUCAUUUGUUUAAUGCUAUCCAUGUGGACCGUCCUCGUACCAGCCUCAAGUCAUCCGCAACACAGUCAGUGCAAGCUGACACAAAGAGCAGCUCUCUGCAACAAUAGCAACCUCACGUCAGUACCCGAGGGACUGCCGCGCACCACCGAGGAGCUUCAACUCCAUCACAAUCUUAUCAGGACACUACACGACAACUCUCUUCGGUAUCCGUCACUCACUACCCUCAGUUUAGCCUGCAACCACGUGGAGCUAUUACACGCCAACGCUUUUCAGUACUGCAAAUUCUUAACAAGUCUGAAUUUAGCAAAUAAUCAUCUGUAUAUGAGCUACCCAGAAACCAGCAAUGCUUUAAAGACACUGCCCAGGAUCAAAAUUUUAGAUCUAUCCGAGAAUACGCUGGAUGAAGAAAUGGCCGCCGUCCUGCUUGAAAAUCUAACAUCCUUGGAGUACCUAAAUCUUUCGGGGAAUCUCUUACGGCGCCUGGACGAGACCUCAUUCCGGGAUCUCCGCCGGGUCAAAGAGCUGGACCUGCAGAGGAACCUCCUGUUUGAGAUCGACAACGCCUUUGACGCCACGCCCGGAUUGCAGCGGCUCAAUUUGGCCUUCAAUUAUCUUCCUUGCCUGACGGACUUCCACAUGACGCAGCUGGUGGUCCUAAACGCCAGCCACAACUUCAUCGAGUGGUUCAUCUCCAGGCAGGACGUCAACGUCACUUUCCAAAUCGAGACACUCGAUCUAUCCGAUAACAAACUGCUCUUCUUUCCGUUCUUACCCAACGCGAGCCGCUUACGGAAUCUGUACCUGUCUCACAACACCGUGAGUUUUUACGAGCACCUGGCGGACGACGCCGCCUUCCCUAACUUGACCGCCACCAUCACGUUCUACAACCUGAGGAGGAACAACACCAUCCUCACGGCUACGUUGUGGGACGACAGCCUCCACGGCGACGUCUCCUCGCUGGAGAUUUUAGACCUGCGGGGAAAUCAGUUGCAGUACUUCCCGCGGGGAUUCAUCCGUCAAAUGCCGUCCCUGUCUCGACUCCGAAUGUGCAGCAACUGUCUCGAGCGCUUGAAUCUAACUUCGGAGCAGUUCUCUGGCAGCUUGUGCGAGUUGGACGUCAGCAACAACAGACUGAAAGAGAUUGCGGCGGACGACGUCACGCUGAGAGCUCUUGGCAAUUUGACAGACCUGAACGUGAGCCUGAAUGAUCUGGACUGCUUGUCCUCGGGACUCUUGUUCAACUUGCCAAGCCUUCGGUCAGCGGACUUCAGUUACAACAACAUCGGCAUCUGCCUUCCUGAGGAAGUUGAGGCCGGUGCAGGUGUAGCCUGGAACGCCACUGCGUCCCUAAGGCGGCUUUUCCUAAAGGGGUGCCACCUUGAAAGACUUCCGCGUUCCGCAUUCUCUGGCCUUUCUCUCACACAUUUAGAACUAUCUGACAACCCUGGACUAAGAGGCCAACAAUCGAUAAAGAGCCUGAGCGCAACGUUACACCACUUGGGUUUGGGAAACACGCACGUCGGGGACUUGGACUUUGCAGCUUUUCCGAAUCUGAAAUCUCUGAAUAUUUCACGCAACUCCAUCGCACGUCUUCCGGCGUCCGUCGCUAGUCUUGACUUGAAACAGCUCGAUUUAAGGGACAACAAGCUGUCUUCUAUUCCCUCGGCUCAGGCCGACAAAUUAGCCUCGAAACUUCACACCGUUUUCCUCACAGGAAAUCCAUUCAACUGCUGCCAAACGGAGUGGUUUCGGACAUUUACAACAACAAAGACCGUGCAUAUGGUCGGCCAGUCGGACAUCGAAUGUACAGAUCUCUACCAAACACGCAGCAUCCGGGAUUAUCCGUCAUUUUUCUGUCAUGAAGAAACCGGAGAGUCCAUUUUUUGGUACAUUCUCCUUUUUGUGCCCGUUUGCAUUUCUUUAGUGGGCAUUUUAAUGAUUGUAUUCCUCACUGUGAAGCCCAAAGUGAUACACAAAUCAAUCAAAAAGAAGUAUUUCAAACCGACGUCCUAUUGAUGCUUUAUAAGGUCUCAGCAAAUUCAGCCAUGAGAAGAAUAGGCUGGAAAUGUGUGCCAAUUUCACAAAUAAAGUUAACCUUUUGUCAACCUG